CACAAUGGCCCGAGCGGGCGGCCGAGCCCGCGCCCCACCCAGUGCAGAGCGCGUCGCGGGCCGGGCGGGUGGCUGAGCGCCUGGCCGGGCCAUGUACGCGGGGAACCGCAGCGGCGGCCAGGGCUCCUGGGAGGGCGGCGCGGCGGCGGGCGCUGAGGACCCGGGGCCGGCGGGGCCGCUGAGCCCCGCGCCGCUCUUCAGCCCGGGCACCUACGAACGCCUGGCGCUGCUGCUCGGCUGCCUCGGGCUGCUGGGCGUGGGCAACAACCUGCUGGUGCUCGUCCUCUACUCCAAGUUCCCGCGGCUCCGCACGCCCACCCACCUCCUGCUGGUCAACAUCAGCCUCAGCGACCUGCUGGUGGCCCUCUUCGGGGUCACCUUUACCUUCGUGUCCUGCCUGCGGAACGGCUGGGUGUGGGACGCCGUGGGCUGCGCGUGGGACGGCUUUAGCAGCAGCCUCUGCGGCAUUGUUUCCAUAACCACCCUGACUGUGCUGGCCUACGAGCGUUAUAUCCGCGUGGUCCACGCCAGAGUGAUCAAUUUCUCCUGGGCCUGGAGGGCUCUUACCUACAUCUGGCUGUACUCCCUGGCAUGGUCAGGAGCACCUCUCCUGGGCUGGAACAGGUACAUCCUGGACAUACAUGGACUGGGCUGCGCCGUGGACUGGAAAUCCAAGGAUGCCAACGAUUCCACCUUUGUGCUCUUCUUAUUUCUUGGCUGCCUGGUGGUGCCCAUGGGCGUCAUAGCCCAUUGCUAUGGCCAUAUCCUGUAUUCCAUUCGAAUGCUUCGUUGUGUUGAAGAUCUUCAGACAAUUCAAGUGAUGAAGAUUUUAAGAUAUGAAAAGAAACUAGCCAAAAUGUGCUUUUUUAUGAUAUUCACCUUCCUGAUCUUUUGGAUGCCUUACAUUGUGAUCUGUUUCUUGGUGGCUAAUGGUUAUGGACACCUGGUCACUCCAACAGUAUCUAUUGUUUCAUAUCUCUUUGCUAAAUCAAGCACUAUAUAUAAUCCGAUUAUUUAUAUCUUCACGAUCAGAAAGUUUCGAAGAUCCCUUUCGCAGCUCCUCUGUUUCCGACUGCUGAGAUGCCAGCGGCCUGCUAAAGACCAACCACCAGUUGGCAGUGAAAUGCAGAUCAGACCCAUUGUGAUGUCACAGAAAGACGGGGACAGGCCAAAGAAAAAAGUGACUUUCAACUCUUCUUCCAUCAUUUUUAUCAUCACCAGUGAUGAAUCGCUAUCAGUCCACGACAGUGACAAAAUCAAUGGGUCAAAGGUUGAAGUAAUACAAGUUCGUCCUUUAUAGGAAUGGCUAGUAAUAAUGAAAGACGGGGCCUUAUGUCGGACACCGCUUUUAGAUUUCCAUUACAAGGACUAUUUGGGAGUCAAUCCCCAGCUAUGUAAUAUCAACAGAACUUUGGUGGCCCAGCAGGAAAUCCGAACUGCCCGUGUGCUCUCUGGCUUCCAGUAGCAAUCGAGCAAGACAAAUUCUUUUAAUUCAAUGGGUGCUUUACAUAAUGACAAACCAGUUGUGGCACAAGAUGGAUGUCUGGCACCAUCAAUUUCUAACAUGUUGGAAAUUUUCAUUUCAAAUAUAGUUUUUAAAUGACCAUAUUUCCCAAGGCACAUAAUACAUUUGUCUCAAAUAUUUAGCUGUAGAAAUAACUUUGUCUCGCACACAGGUGUGAAAUAGCUAGAAAAUCUUGAAUUUCCCGUAGUGUUGGGUCCUAUUUAGUGUCACGUCAAAUGUUUGGCCAAUCAAAUUUAUGAAAGAGACAAUUCUAGGAUGAAAAAGAAAAUCUCCUAACUUUACCUGAAACAAAAGACUGUUGCUGUCUGUGUAGUAGGAUAAAGAGGAAUUUCGGAUGAAUGUGCUGCUGAGCAAGCUCUAGAAGACACUACUGAAAGUAUCACAGCAAAGAAAAUAGGAUGGUGAAUUUCAAGGUGACUGUCCUACUGGUCUUCAUAAUUAAUCAUGUUUGAAAGACUUCUACAUGAUUUAGUCGGCCCAUUGAAGAAGGAAGAGUGAAAGAAAACAUUUUCACUGCAUGAACUUUUAAAACUCAAGUUUAU